AUGCCAAUGUUGAAGCAGUUUGUGAUGACUGCCACAAGCAAGAAGGAGAACCGCUUGCGUGGCAAGUCCUUCGAAUGCAUGUCCCUGUUGGGCAUUGCUGUUGGCAAGGAGAAGUUCUUGAACGAUGCCAAGGAAGCCAUUAAUGCCAUGAUGAACACACAGGUGGAGGCUGAUGAUGUCCAGCGGGAGUACAUCAAGGAAGCCUCCGAACGUAUCUGUACCUGUCUCAAAAAGGACUUUGCUCAAUUCCUCCCACCGCUGCUGCCGGGGAUUUUCAGGAAUUUGCGCAUUGACGAGAUGCAUGCACCUGCAGCCAGUGGGCUCGAUGAUGACGAUGAUUCCUACGUGAAGGCCCGAACCAUGCGGCCGACCCAUGCGUCUUCUGCCGGACAUCCGGUGAGUCUGGAACUGAUGGGGCCGUUUCAACGGGAGGUCCUGACUGGUGAUGGCAAAACCGUGCGAGUACACACCGAGAAGUUCCAAGACAUGAUGCAAUCAGUUCAGCUGCUCCACACCUUUGUUACAGAGAUGGAAGGAGGCUACUUCGAAGCUAUCACUGAGACAGCCAAGGUUCUGCUGCCGCUGCUGACUGCCACAGACGAGAUGUCAAUGCUCUGUGAUGAGGUUCGUGGCACAGCCUUGCAGGUUUGGAGUUUGCUCAUCAAAUCGGCGCGGCUGGGUGCACAGGAACGGGGCCAGCCAAAUGACAUGGCGAAGCAACUCCUGGGAACGGGUUUGCAGGCCGUGUUUGUGCAGCUGGAACAGAACCAGGAGACGGAUUUCCUGCAUGAAAUCUCCUCGGGUGUUGCGGAGUGCAUCAAGAACGUUGGACCUGGUGUGCUGGGUAGCGACGAGGUGAGAACGCUCGCUCAGAGGGUCUUCGCGCUCAUGGACCAGUCGCUGCAAAGAAGUGCAAAGCAUGCUUCUGAAGAGCUAAAGAACAAGCAAGAGGCCAUGUGGUCAACUCGUCAGGUCAUCAACUCUGAGCUUCAUGAGCAGAAUCACAACCUCUGUAGCACAGAAACUGAAGCUGGGGGCGGCGGUGAGGAGCUUCACGGUGGGGAUGAAGAUGAUGAUGAGCAGGGCCCGGCGGCAGAUGAGGACCAGCUGCGAAGGAACUACGAAGAGAUCUUGGGAGCAAUGAUGAAGGUUUCCCCAGCGGAGUUCCUGCCAUGUUUGCCACAAUGUGCUGAGCGCAUUCAGCAAUGGGUGGCGACCAAGGAGAACAAGGUCCUUGGCCUGUACUUGGUGUGCGAUCUCCUGGAUAAUUUGAAGGAACAUUCUGAGAGCGCAUGGCCAAUCUUCAUGCCCAAGAUUUUUGAGUCGAUCUUCGACGUUGAUGCAGAUGCAAGGAGAUGGGUUAUGAUGGGGGAGCAGAACUCACCGCGCAGGAGACCAGAGACGAAACGGGAAACGGACAGUUCUCAGCACUUUCGGCUCCAGGACUCGCAGCUGUGGAAUGUGGGUCUAGUGAAGGAAUUGCAAGAGGCGCCAUCCAUGCGGCUACUUUUGCUGAGUCCUGUAGGAGGCCUGAGCGGUGAGGGAUGGACGCUUCUGCUUUGCACUUGCUUGGUCCUGGCUGGAGGGAUGUUGCACGGUGUGGCCAUGGCCAUGCGGAAAUUCUUUGGUCAAGGACACAUCGAGUAUUGGAAGCAGCCCCGGUGGUGGCUGGGAGUGCUUUGUGAUGGAACAGCUGGACUCAUGAUUUGGCCAGCGAUGCCCAUCCUGGCGGCGCAGGUUCUGAUGCCCUUGGCCACGGUCGCGCAGCUGCUGGUGGCCUAUUCCUUGGGCCUUUUCUUCUUCCGGGAGCAGGUGUCCAUCUUCAACCACUUUGGCGUGGUCUUGGCGACAGUCGGUGUCGUCGGCAUUUCUGUCACGAGUCCUCUUCACGCGGCAGAGCCGGGAAUCAUCUCAGUGCAGAGAUGGCUACAACCACGCUUCCUGGGCGUUCUGCUGGGCUGCGCUUCGCUGCCCUGCAUGGCCUUUGCGCUGAAUUUGCCGAAGGCAUGUUGCUGGGCACUGGCCACCGCGAUCUGUGAAGCUCUACAGUUUUUGAGCUCUCGAACUCUGGCAGAUGCAUUGCUGACCUGGGACCAGGAGGUGCACGUGUCAGCUGCUGUCGCUGCUGGGCUUCUGAAGGGCACGUGCAUUCUAUGCAUCAUGCACUUCCAGCAGUUGGGCUUCGAGGCGGGGCUGUCGCGCUUCGUGGGACUCUUCAUGGUGGCGACCAACCUGCUGACGGUGGCCAUGUGCCUGGCCUUCUUUGGCGACCAGGUGGUCGUGUCGUGGAACUUCAUGGGCUCUGCUUGCUCCACGUUCCUCGGCAUUUGGCUCUUGAACCGGCCAGAGGUGCCCACUCCCAAAGAAGUCCGCCAAAGAAGUCCGCCGACAGCGGAGUAG